AUGCCUCUCCGUUCUCGUUUCCUCGGCGGCGUAAAUGCGUCGCCGCCGCAAGCACUUCCGUCCAAGGAGUCACCUCCACCAAUCGAGUCCCUCAACUCAGACUACAUAAUCAUACUUGCGGCUCUGCUCUGCGCAGUAAUCUGCGUUCUUGGCCUUGCCAUCGUGGUCCGCUGCGACUGGAUCCAACGUAUCACUAGCACAGCCGCUGCCGCUCUGCCAGCCGCAUCCACGCCUGCCAACAAAGGACUCAAAAAGAAGGUCCUGAAGUCCAUACCGAAGCUAAUCUACGGCGAGGAUGAGGAAGCCAAGAAGUUCUCUGACUGCGCCAUUUGCCUAGCGGACUUCGCCGCUGGAGAAGAGGUCCGCGUGCUUCCACAGUGCGGCCAUGGCUUCCAUGUCGUAUGCGUUGACACUUGGCUCGGUUCCCACUCUUCCUGCCCCUCUUGCCGCCAGAUUUUGGCCGUCAGCCGGUGUCAGAAAUGCGGAAAUUUGCCGGCCGCCACCUCUUCCUCCUCCUCUGCCGCAACCAACUACAGAGCUCAGCCUCAGCCAGCAUCCAGACCAAUAGACCAUUUUACUACGGUUUUCCUUUAA